UUGUAUGCGUGUAUCAAUAUCAAAUUUAAGUGUUUAAAAACAAUUUUAGAGUUGCCAAGCAGCAAAGAAAUAGGCGCUAUUUUGAAUUUUUGAAAUUCGUCACAUCACAAUGCACAAUGCAUUACGUGUUUUCCAUCCCGACAUUCAUUUAAAUCAACUCAUGCAAAUAACUUGGUUCACGACACUGCCCCGUGGAGUUUACAUUUUAUAUUCCUUCAACUUUACGUACAUAUACAACGUGUACAGUAUGAAAACGAAGGAAAAUGUUACGAGAGGAGGAUUCGAUUUUCCUACUUAAUAAAAACACCGUGCGUCAGCUAAUUAAAAUUAGUUACGUUAUAUAGAAAAAUCGCAGUGUCAUAUAGAUGAUGAAACGUAUCCCAAAUCCAUUUAAAACCUCUUCCACGACUUCCUCACACCAGAAAGAGGUGAAGUGAAGGAGGGCCACUUCUAUUUAAUUGUGUUGAGCGUGACGUAACAGAACCGGUUUGAGUUUUCGUGUUUUUUUGCUCGUGUACGGCACCGUAUAACAUCAUGUUGCAGCUUGACCAGAUAGAGAUGGACAAGGUUUUUGCGGCUGCCAGGAAGUUUCUGAAAAGGAGAGAUUGUGUCAUCGAUAACGCAGUUUUCCGCUUACACUAUCAAGCCACUACGGUCAUACUUAUCGCCUUUAGUAUUGUGGUAACAAGUAAGCAGUACAUAGGUGAUCCGAUCGAUUGCAUAUCGAGGGACGACAUACCAAGUAAAGUUUUGGAUACCUUCUGUUGGGUGCAUGCGACAUUCAGCUUACCGGAAGCUUGGCACAAAAACGUUGGCUCCGAAGUACCAUAUCCGGGGGUCGAUAAAUAUAAACCAGGAGAAAAGAGAAUAUAUCACGCAUAUUAUCAGUGGGUAUGUUUUAUGCUGUUUUUUCAAGCCAUCCUCUUCUUCGCUCCUCAUUAUCUAUGGACCAUCUGGGAAGGUGAUUGCAUGAGGCAACUGAUGCUCGAGAUGAGCGCACCCAUCAUGGAUGAAGAGAAGAAGAAAGAGCGGCGCAAACUACUAGCUCAGUAUCUAGUUUCCAGUUUUAAACAGCACAAUAUGUACGCCUUCGAGUAUUUUCUAUGUGAAUUUUUCAAUUUAAUCAACGUCGUGGGUCAGAUAUUCUUCGUGGAUGCCUUCUUGGGUGGUGAAUUCAGCCAAUACGGUAUCAAAGUCGUACAGUUCACGGAAUGGGAUUCGUCAGUCAGGUAUGAUCCCAUGAUAGAAGUGUUCCCCAGGUUAACUAAGUGCACCUUUUACAGAUUCGGCUCAUCCGGUGACGUCCAACGACACGAUGCAAUGUGUAUACUCCCCAUUAACAUCGUUAACGAGAAGAUAUACAUAUUUUUAUGGUUCUGGUUCUUACUCCUCGGUUUCGUCUCAGCAGGUGCUAUUAUCUAUAGAAUAGUGUUAUUGAUAUUUCCUCGCUGUAGAUACUUUGCUCUCAGGCCACGUGCACGUUUAGUUCGUAAGGAAUAUUUCGAUAUAGUUAUGAAACGAACUAGGCUUGGCGACUGGUUUAUCUUGAGCCUCCUUUGCAAGAAUAUGGAUUCGCUGAAUUACAGGGGCUUGAUGGCCGAAUUGGCUAGAAGAUUAGAAGCUAGAACGAAGGAUCCGGAAGCUUGACACAGCGAAAGACUAUAAAUUUAACACAAAUACAGUUAAAAUCCCUCCUUUUUUUGGUUCUCCUACAGAACUGGGAUGAAGGGAUUUUUUUUUAAAAAAAAAAAGAUAAAAAAUAUCGACGACUGCCAUCAUCACCCCUCCACAUACAUACUGCAAAAGCACUAGCAUUGAAUUUAGUAUGUGUU